CCGGAAUAUUCAUCCUACUCUUCACAAUCCUGACUGAAGCCAGCGGUGACGCUUCAACAACGUAACCCUUUUGCUGUACCGCGCACGCAGCCAGCCCUUGCUUGUUUUUGGAGGCCCCUUGGCAAAUGGCGUCCUCGAAUAGGCAAAUCGUUGCUUGGUUCUUCUUAAUCUUGCGCUUUGUUUUUCUGACGUUUGGACCCUGGCUAGCACAUGUCCUGAUCGCCGACAUCUUGCUGUCCUGCCUCCUUCCAUUCGCUUUCGUCUUUCCCACCUACACCUACCAUGUGGCCUCUGCUAUCGCCGAAUCAGUAUGGCGUGGGAUACAGCGAAUAUGCGAAGUAUCUAACGGCGCAGACAUCAUCAUAGCGGGAGAUGAACUGCCUGCUGGUGAAAGCGCAAUUGUGGUCGCCAACCAUAUAGAAUGGUCUGAUUUCUACCUUGUUCAGGCCCUGGCUAUGCGCGCUGGCAUGCUAGGUCGCUGUAGAUGGUUUGCCAAAAACGCUCUCAAAUGGGUGCCUGUGUUGGGUUGGGGUCUGUUGGUCAUGGGUAUGCCACUAGUCAGUCGCAAGUGGGCCGAGGAUAAGGAGGAAAUGGACCGCUUGUUUAGCGGCAUCAAAGAGGGACGCUGGCCUGUUUGGCUGGUUUCUUUCAGUGAAGGGACACGGUAUAGACCAAAGAAGCAUGCGGAAGCAACUCGAUGGUGCGAAGCAAAUGGGAAACCACCACCUCAACACACGUUACAUCCUCGUACCAAGGGCUUUGUUGCUACUGUACAGCAGUUGCGCCAAACACCCCACGUAAAGGCAGUAUACGAUGUCACUAUCGCUUACGCUGAGGACGACAAAUUCAUGUCUCCUCCAAGCUUUUUUAAGACGAUCUUCCAACCCAACCUGGCCCACAGAUAUCGGAUGUACGCAUAUGUUCAGCGCUACGAGUUGAUUUCUCUGCCAUACACAGAUGCAGAGAUUGCACAAUGGCUUGAAGACAAGUGGGUGGAAAAGGGUCAGAGACUGGCGAGCCUUAAGAAACAGUUGGUUUAUGGAGAGCCCUGGAAAGGUAUUAUGAACAAGAUCUGAAAUGUUCGUGCUUUGGAGUCAUCUCCGUAACAACUUGGGCGUGUGCGAGACCGAUUCUUGUAAUGAAAAGAGGCAUAACCUAGCUUGUGGCCUCUCAAGCUAAUGUAAUUACUGUACAAAUGAACACAUAUUCUCGCUUACCC